GCUCGCGGCCCGGGGAGCGCCGGCGCGGACGGGUUGCGGAGCGAGCGGCGGCCAUGGACCGCUUCGUGUGGACCAGCGGCCUCCUGGAGAUGAACGAGACCCUGGUGAUCCAGCAGCGCGGCGUGCGCAUUUACGACGGCGAGGAGAAGAUAAAAUUUGACGCCGGGACCCUCCUUCUUAGUACACAUCGACUGAUUUGGAGAGAUCAGAAAAAUCAUGAGUGCUGCAUGGCCAUUCCUCUUUCUCAGAUUGUGUUCAUUGAGGAGCAAGCAGCCGGCAUUGGGAAGAGUGCCAAAAUAGUGGUUCAUCUUCACCCAGCUCCUUCCAGCAAAGAACCAGGCCCAUUCCAGAACAGCAAGAACUCCUACAUCAAACUCUCCUUCAAGGAGCAUGGUCAGAUUGAGUUUCACAGGCGUUUAUCAGAAGAAAUGAUACAGAGAAGAUGGGAGACUAUGCCCGUUUCCCAGUCAUUACAGACAAGUAGAGGCUCCCAGCCAGGAAGAAUAAGGGCAGUAGGAAUUGUAGGCAUUGAAAGGAAACUGGAAGAAAAAAGGAAAGAAACUGACAAAAACAUUUCUGAGGCUUUUGAAGACCUCAGCAAGCUAAUGAUCAAGGCUAAGGAAAUGGUGGAGUUAUCAAAAUCAAUUGCUAAUAAAAUUAAAGACAAACAAGGUGACAUCACAGAAGAUGAGACCAUCAGGUUUAAAUCCUACUUACUGAGCAUGGGAAUAGCUAACCCAGUGACCAGGGAAACUUACGGCUCUGGCACACAGUACCACAUGCAGCUGGCUAAACAGCUGGCCGGGAUACUGCAGGCACCUUUGGAGGAACGAGGGGGAAUAAUGUCACUCACAGAGGUGUACUGCUUAGUGAACCGGGCUCGAGGAAUGGAAUUGCUGUCACCAGAAGAUUUAGUGAAUGCCUGCAAGAUGCUGGAAUCACUGAAAUUACCUCUCAGGCUCCGAGUUUUUGACAGUGGCGUCAUGGUCAUCGAGCUCCAGUCCCACAAGGAGGAGGAAAUGCUGGCCUCAGCCCUGGAGACGGUCUCAGAAAAGGGAUCCCUCACCUCAGAAGAGUUUGCUAAGCUCGUGGGGAUGUCUGUGCUCCUGGCCAAGGAAAGGUUGCUGCUUGCAGAAAAAAUGGGCCAUCUUUGCCGAGAUGACUCAGUGGAAGGCUUGCGAUUUUACCCAAAUUUGUUCAUGACUCAGAGCUAAGGGCUGUGUGUCUGAAACACCGUUCUUCCAUAUACUUGCAUCAUGUAGAGGUUGUAUGAAGCUUAGCUACGAAUAGGCCCCCAUAGGCUGAGGAUUUAUUAGAGUUUCAGAAUCUAAUCUACAACUUUUUAAAUUUCUCCUUGACUCGUAUGGCCCAGGAAGAUGCACAUAAUAAAAGACAGAAUAGGAAUGCCAACGUGAACUUCAAGUUAUCCUGUAGCUGUGCAGAAUCCUCAGACUUGAAAGAUGAUGGAUUUUAUCUUGACCCGCCAACUCUGAGAGUUUUAGUUCUUGGGGGAGGAAACAGAGAAGCUGCAUGCUUAGACAGGUUAUUAUUCCAGUGUGACUAAAAUUCACUGAAGUGUAAAUGAAGUUUUUCUCUGUGUCUGUUGUGCCCAAUUGGGGGGAUUUUUAUGAAAGAAGUCAUGUCUAGUACAGGUUAAAAGCCUGACCAGAAUGCCUACCUGCCGAUUGCCACAUGGGUUCUUCAUAGGGCUUUAUCUCAGAGGCAGUCAUAGCAUGUCUUCACCAGACCAACUAAAACACCUUUUAAAAAGAGAAUUUUAUUUGACUUUCAUAUUCUUAUUCCAACUAGUUUUUUAUCUUUUAAGAAAAAUGCUGAUUUCACAGUUGGCAUUUAAAGAAUGCAACUGUUGUCAUGUUUUUAAAAAAUGCUAUCGAUUUUGAAACUGAGUUAAAGAGCUGCAUCAA